CAGUUUUGCUACAUAGUUACAGUCUAUUUUGAUGUAUACAAUUUUGCUAUCCCAAAAUUUUUAGCCAAAGUCGUUAUGAAUCAUUAGCUACAGAGCAGAAAGCACUAAGUAAAUUGACGGGUUGUCGUCAAGUUAUUUGUGCUUAAGCAAAUCUAUAAUGCUCGUAGACAAAGAGAAAAAAUAAGCGGGUAUCAGGGCACCAAUGGAAGGAAAAAGUCUGUAAUGUUCUCGUGUACGCUGCUUCCCUGUUCACCGACCCGAAAGCAAAUUGCGAGAGAAAGGGAAAGGAAGAAGUCGCUACAGAAAGGCAAGGAUCGCUACAAUAUUGUAAAAGGCUUGGUAGAAGGAGUCGAUGGAAUUUCCUUUGAAAGUGUGCUAAAAAGAAGACAUUACCUACGAGCAAGAAAUAACUAUCUCAUUUUGGAGCCCUUUGAUGACUCUGAAAACUACAGAAAAGAGAGUACAUUUGUUCCCCUACAAGACAUGUGGUUUGAGGGAUAUUUUGCAUUCGAAUCGCUUUUGAAUCCGGCACAUUUUAUUCGUAGACGUGGAGAGGAACUGCGUCUGCAGAAGUACGAGAACUCUCACUUCUUUAAAGAGGACUCAAGCUUCAAGUUAACGAGAAAGAGAUGUAUGGCCUGUGUUAAGGAAGGUUCGCGAGUCUGGGCGAGGGCUGAGAAAGGAUCUUUCCUUCGCGGUAUUGUGACUGCAAUGGACGACGACAUACACGUACAACUCGAAAAUGGAAAGAAAAUAAGACACAAGAAAGAGCAUCCUGAAUGCGUGGUACCUGACGCCAUACCACACGUAAGGGAAGUGGACAUUGGUACAAGGGUGUUAGCCAGAUGGUAUAAUCGGUUAGACACUUGCUAUCCCGGUACUGUAACUGCCAUUCGACGCAGUUUCUUUGACAUUAUAUUCGAUGACGGAGAUAAGGGAUGCAAUGAGCUUCGAGAGCUAAGAAUACUGAGGAAAACUGAGGGCGAAGAAGAUGGCAAAUCCGCGCUUCCUCCGUGGUCUUCACUGGACGGGAUACCUCGCAUCGAAGGAGGGUUAUGUAUUGACUACGGUGAUAUCAUCACGACCGGCCCCAACUUGCUCAAACGGGAAAUCAAAGAAAAAAAUACAGUAGAAGAUGAUAUAAGCUCUCCGCGAGAUUCGCCCGACGAGGAACGCGUUUCUAGUACUUUGGACAACACUGAUGUGACCGAAAUAACGCUUAACGGGAACGCGGAAAAUCAAAUGGAAAUUGAACAGAAUGGCCAUCAAGAUGACAACGGUUUUGCAAUGGAAAAUAACUAUAAUUACCUUACCCCGGAUAUUUACGAAACAGAGCCACGAAAUCCAAGUCAGGUCAGCGGAAGCUCGAGCGACAGUGGUUACCAAGGCAACAACAGUCAUCGCCAAAGGAAAAUAGGUGUUUGGAGGGUCACCUCUUCUCAACACAACGUGUUCCGCUGUGGGAAUAGUAGUCCCCAGUUCCUCUCUCCCCUGAGCUAUCUCUCGCACCUGCACGUCCCAGGCCUUUCUGAUAUUUCUGACGUAAGGCGAAACCUUAGUGAGUUGAGUGUCACUUCCAGUGUCGACAGCGGUUUUAGAGGCAGUGGUCUUUCCUUCCGACUUCGGGAUAGGUCUCCAGUCAGAUGUCCCGGUCACGCGGUUCCCGUGACCAAAGUCCAAGAGAAUUACUGGGAAAAACAAAAAGAGCAAGAAACCGAGGAAGGAAAGCAGAAAAUCGAAAACACAGAGGAUUUAAAUGGGGAACUUCACACUGGACCGCUGGGCUUGGAAACAGUUAUCUAACCCUUUUCGCUCUUCAAUCAAGAAAAUGCCACCGCAAAAUUAAGCUAUUAACAACACCGUGGCUGGUUUCCACUUCAAGAAGAGGGAAAUUCUAUGAAACUCAACUUGAAAGAGAAGACAAUCUCCAAGCUGUUUCAUAUGUAGACGUAGAACCAAGAAGUCUUUCCGCAAGGGAACGUGGACGCUGUUGAAACACGAAGAAAAACGCCCAAAGAAAGAAACGAGAGAAACUGCGUCUCGAUUGUCGACGAUUGUUGAGUCCUCCCCGCCCCUCCAACAACAAAAAGCCAAGUUGAGGAUUGCAAAGAAGAUAGACAACACAAAAUUUGGAAGUCGGCUGAAGUAAUUCGAUGAUAUAUUUUAACAGAGGAAGAUCAUAAUUUGCACGAAUCAAAAUAAAAGAUUUAAAAGUAAACGAAGGAAAUUUGGCAAGAGACGAAAGAGUGUUCAUUCAGUGGCACUGAAAACACAAUUGCAAUUGCACAAAUAAUUACAUCUUGGAAAUCAUGAUGUAUCUAAAACGUCUAAUUGAUAUCUACUGCAGAUAAAAGAAAAGAAUCGCAGAAGGUCUAUAACAAGCUCAAACAAGCUUUUUUUUUCCCUUUUUGUUAAUCAAGUUCUAUCUGUCCGGUAGACGAUAAUAUUCAAACAGCCUUUUGGUUCUAUUGGCACAAAAAUUAGUAUAGCAGAGAUGUAAGGUAAAGGAAAGGCUGCGAGCCGACUCUGAAUGCCUCUUUUAAAAGUGUUACAUGGUUGAAAUGCUGAAAAACACUUCGGCAUUAUUGGGCAUCGAAAAAUUUUCAAAAUUAAGCCCAAGGCUAUUCUGUCAAUGAGAGAAGUAUGCGAGAAGAAGACGAUGCAGAACUAAAGUUCAUUUAUUAAGGACGAUCGCUUCUAUUUAAUUUUACCAUUUGUCGUCUUUGAAAAUGAAUAAAUAAAAUAUACGUUUGCACAAUCUCAAACCACUGAGAUUGGAAAAUUUCGGAAAAUCUAGGCAUAUUAUUCAAUAAAAACAAAUAAUAUAGCGAA